UCUAAAGAAUUGUAUUUUUCUACCCUCAGCUGCCUAUUGCCAGGAAACACAAAAAAUUAGAUAUCUGUUAGUUUCCUUUCUGUUGCUGAGAUUAAAACCCUAACCAAGAGGAACCUGGGUGAGGAACAGUUUUAUUUCCACUUAAGCUUUCAGGUAGCAGUGAAGUCAGAGUAGGUGGAUGACACUUUCAGGGUAGCUCACCUGCUCUUCAUGGAGCCAGCUUUCUUAUACAGCUGAGGACCAUCUGCCCCGGGAUAACAGCACUUGAUUCACAAGAAAGGACUUCAGACGGUACUCUGUACUGUUUGAUUCUGUGUGCUAUACUGCCUCCAGGAGUUUGCUUGGAUUUUCUGCCGAUUCUGGGCAAAGAUGGCAACAAAUGAUGCUGUUCUGAAGAGACUAGAGCAGAAGGGUGCAGAAGCGGAUCAGAUCAUUGACUAUCUCAAGCAGCAGGUCGCUCUUCUCAAGGAGAAAGCAAUUUUACAGGCAACUUUGAGAGAAGAAAAGAAACUCCGAGUUGAAAAUGCUAAAUUGAAAAAAGAAAUAGAAGAACUAAAGCAGGAGCUAAUUCAGGCAGAAAUGCAGAAUGGAGUGAAGCAAAUACCAGUCCCAUCGGGACCUCCACUGCCGGCUGAUUCUGCACUUUCUGCAAGUGUGACACCAUCUUCAUCAGUAACAACAACCUCCUCUUCCAGUAAAAAAGAACACAUUAAAGGAGAGGGAGGAGAGGAAAAGAAGGUAAAAGAGAAGCCUGAAAAGAAAGGAGAGAAAAAGGAGAAGAAGCAGCAGUCGGCAGCAGCAAGUGCUGACUCUAAGCCAAUAGAUGUAUCACGUCUGGAUCUUCGAAUUGCUUGUAUCAUUACUGCCAAAAAACACCCUGAUGCAGAUUCGUUGUACGUAGAAGAAGUGGAUGUGGGAGAGGCAGCCCCAAGAACAGUUGUCAGUGGACUGGUGAACCAUGUUCCUCUAGAACAGAUGCAAAAUCGCAUGGUGGUUUUACUUUGUAAUCUGAAGCCUGCGAAGAUGCGGGGAGUGCUGUCUCAAGCAAUGGUGAUGUGUGCUAGUUCACCAGAGAAAGUGGAAAUUCUGGCCCCUCCCAAUGGGGCCGUCCCUGGAGACAGAAUUACUUUUGAUGCUUUCCCUGGAGAGCCUGACAAGGAGCUGAACCCUAAAAAGAAGAUCUGGGAGCAGAUCCAGCCUGACCUGCACACCAAUGAUGAGUGUGUGGCCACAUACAAAGGGGCUCCCUUUGAGGUGAAAGGGAAGGGAGUUUGCAGGGCCCAAACCAUGGCCAAUAGUGGAAUUAAAUAAGUGAGGAGCUCUGUAACUGAAGACAUUGGAGAAACCUUAACAACAAUAAAGGACUAUAUUUGUCAUUUACACAUAAAA